AUGGAUUCUAUUCAAGAAAGAUUAAAGUAUUUUAAUGCCCAAGCUGACAAGGAGCUCUCAAAAUAUCCUCAAAUUUGUGCCUUGGAAAAACAGACUAAUGUUCCAAAAACUUAUAUGGCCGCUGGAGUCGUAACAUUCGUAUUUACAUUGAUCUUUUUCAACGUUUGGGGUGAAUUGCUUUCCGACGUUAUCGGUUGGCUUUAUCCAGCCUAUGCUUCGUUUAAGGCUAUUGAAAGUCCAGAGACCUCAGACGAUGUUCAAUGGCUUACUUACUGGUUAUUACUUCCACCCUUCAGAGGUGCUCAGCUUAUUUAUUCUAAAUUCUUGAGACCAACUCUCUUAUCCUAUCAAGGAGAUAUUGACAAGAAUUUGAAUAACUGGAAAAAUAAAGUUGACGGAGUAAUAAAAGAAGCUGCUCAUAGUGCGGUUGAUGCUUCUUCUAAAUUAGAUUAG